ACUAUCUGCCCUCAUACAUAUAAACAGUAAAUUACUAAUUAAAUGUGUAAGUGGUAACUGUUAACAUGAAUGUGCAGAAAAAAAGCUGACAAUGGUGACAAUCAAAAUCAUGGGGGUGGCAUUUUUACUUGAUUUGACCUGAUUUCUUGCCUGGAUAUUUUGUCUUGUUUCUUAUUUUGUUAACACAACAUUAUCUCAUUUAAGUAUGCAAACGUGAUGUACGUAUUAUUUUUUAUAGGGCAGUCGAGAGAAAACAAAAUGUACACCUGCGUCUGGAAUGGUCUCUUCCACUAUUCUGCAAGCCUCCCCUGAAUGAGUCAUCCAGCUGGCUCCUCAUUGGAUAAGACCAUGCCAUCCCAAGGGAUUGCCUUGCAGAGGCAGAAAGGCCUUGCUUCCAUUCACAGAAACAUUGGUAUGCCAGCCUGCUAUUUCAUUCACAUAAAGACUAAAUAUUGCAUGCUUUUUUGUCCUCUGCUCUUAUUCACCUUUGUCUUUUUUCCUCCUCUUUUGAUUUGCGAGGGCCUGCCUUUUCUUCCCUGCUUUUGUGUUUGCCUUUUUUUCUGAGGAGAGAAAGCAGACGUGCUGUCCUUUUUUUUUUUCUAUAUUUGCCAGGCAGGAAAGAGAGAUGUUGGGAGGGACUGCAGUGCGAAAUCUGCAGCAGAGUGAGAGCGGAAGCUGCUUAUGAAUGAGUGUCAGUCUUUCGGCUUUGCUAGAUACUCCUGAGGACAUUUUACAUGAAUGGUGUCUGGCUGUGUGCUUUCCGCUACCGAGGAGACAAAGAUGCUUCAUUGCUGCUGGUUUUAAGGAGACUCAUGGGCUUUUUCUGUAAUCCUUUUGGUUGUUUCAUUGACUCAUCUGCCUGAGAAACAUGUCAUUCAUAUUGUUGUUUUUUUGAGUUGCAUCAUUCAUGUAGUUCAACCUGAACCAAUUGCUGGGUAUUUUAGACAAGCUGUGAGAUUGCAUCUGUUUCCUAGUUAUGAAUUGAAAUUUUUAUUCCUUUGUUGCAGAGAUUUUAUGCUACACAUUAGACAAAUUGUCUCAAAACAAUUUUAUGGAAGAAAUAGCUUUAUUCUUUUUUGCAUUAAUGCCUGAUUAUAAACAUUUUGAGAAACAACAAGUGUAUUAACUAGUCAUAGGUUUGUGAAGUACAUAACUGAGAAACUGGAGUGAUGUCUGCCAAUAUUCUGCAGUUAUUAUAAAUUAACAUGGACAAUAUAUUAAUGAUGUUGCGUAUUUCCGGUCAUGCUAAAAUUUUACUGUAUUGUUGCGUUCAAUGAUUUAUAGAGGUUUCUUUUACAUCCUUUAAGGAAAAUCUUCAUGAAACAUUUAGAUAGAGAUUUUAUUCUUGAAUAAAGACGUAUGUAUUUUUUGUUAGAGAAGAUUUUGGCACUCAGAUUGUAGCAGUCAAUUAAAUGGAUGUUAGUUUUCAUUACUUAUUUCAUUUAGUAUCAUCUCUGUGAUUAAUUUAUUGUGUGUCAUCCUUUUAUCGCAACUUCUCUCUGUUACAUGCAUUUUGUAAGAUAUGAAUUGUGUAUAACAUGAAUUCAAGCAAAUUAUUGUGAAUAAUUAUGUUAUUAAGUUAAAUAAUCAAGCUUCCUCUCGUUCUUCAUUUCCUUUCCUCAGAAAAACAAAUAAGAAGGAAAGAAUUAUAGAGAAUAAAUAUCAGACUGGGGAAUUUAAAAAUUGAUUGGUUCUAGUGUGCUGUAAGUGGGAGUUUUUUUUCCCUCUCCGACAGGAAGUGAUUUGCAGUGUUCAGCAAGCCUUUUGUUGAGAAGGUUUUCUCAGAUCAGUGAGUCAUGCUUUAGCUCUGAGCCGGCAGGCAGGCAGCAGUCAGUAGAGAGUAUUUGCUCUUCCCUCGCAGUAUCCGUGAUCAUCGACAACAUAGACCUUUUUCUGUUCUCUUACUUUUUGGAUUUUUGAGGCUAGAAAUCAGCAGCAGCAUCACCGCUGGAAACCAAACAAGCUGCACCACAACACUGGCAGCCUUUUAGAGACCUUUUUCUCUCCAUCUUCUUCUUCCUCUGCCUCAAUGCUGUGUUUCCAUGGAUUGUGUCUGUAUAUUUCUCUCUGACGGAUUGGAUUGUAGUACUGGAUUUCAUUGAGAGCAGAUUGGACUUUGGCGACAGCAGCAGCAGCAGCAGCAGCUCAACACAACCACCAGUGUAACCUCAAUAGAGAAAAUUACAGUCAGGUGGCCUGUGAUUGCUUAAAGGCGUUUUGCUGCCUGUACUGCUGCUGCUAUGUUACAGGAGAGGGUAAUCAGCACGGCUCAGCAACGUCUGCCAGCACACUUGUGAAAGAGGCAGGCUGUGCGUGUUGGUUGGUGGAGAGAGGGGAGAGAGCAAGAGAGAGAAGGGUAUGCUUCACCGUACCAAAUACAACCGCUUCAGGAAUGAGUCAGUAACAUCCGUCGAUGAGCUUCUCCACGGCCUGUCCAUGAACCCCAAGGUCUCGGCCACCCCCCAGUCUACAGCCGAGACAUCUUACACACCCCCGACUGAGGUCCAGCCCUCCUCCACCACCACUGCUUCCAGCACCCCCACCAGCCAUGGCUCUGACCACCUGGAAGAUGGAGGCACCACCCUCUGUACCCUCAUCAACAAGGUGUCCAGCCUGAAAUUCAGCAACUCAGGCAGCUUGCUGGGCAUCAAAGGUCUGCCCUCAGCUGUCAAGGACCUGGCUGUGUCUAAGCUGCAGGUGGGUGGGGGGUCGGGCUCAGGCAGCUCCAGUGGCCCGAGCCCCAGUGUGACAACAGCAGCAGCGGCAGCAGCCUCUGGUGUGGGCGGCUCUCUGUGCAGCUCGGCCUCCCAUUCAACCCCCUGCUCGCAGCUGGAGCCAGCCGUCAGCAUGAGCAAGAAGAGCAGGCUGGACGAGCACCAGCCUGGCAGAGAGGACUGGAAUCCAGGUGGAGGUGAUGGACUGGUGAGCAAACCCUCCAGAGGAUGGCUACACUCGAGCGAGAAGAUCUCUGGUCCAGGAGUGAUAUACAUUGUAAAGUAUCUGGGCUGUAUUGAAGUCCUUCGGUCGAUGAGAUCCCUGGAUUUCACCACAAGAUCACAAAUUACGAGGGAAGCCAUCAGCCUGGUGUGUGAGGCUGUUCCAGGGACCAAAGGAGCUCUGCGGAAAAGAAAGCCACCGUCCAAAGCUCUGUCCAGUAUCCUGGGGAAGAGCAACCUGCAGUUUGCUGGCAUGUCCAUCAACCUAAAUAUCUCCACCAGUAGCCUCAACCUGAUGACCCCUGAUGGCAAACAGAUCAUAGCCAACCAUCACAUGCAGUCCAUCUCCUUUGCAUCAGGUGGAGACCCUGACACAACAGAUUAUGUUGCCUAUGUAGCAAAGGACCCCGUUAACAGAAGAGCAUGUCACAUCCUGGAGUGCUCUGAUGGGCUGGCCCAGGACGUCAUCAGCACCAUCGGCCAGGCCUUUGACCUUCGCUUCCAGCAGUACCUGCAGUGUCCCUCAAGCAAACUGUCCUCCACACAUGACAGGGUAUUAAACAUGGAGGAGUUACCAUGGACCGAGGAGGAGGAGGAGUCAGCAGAACAUCCUUAUUAUAACAACAUCCCUGGCAAGAUGCCACCCCCUGGAGGCUUCAUCGAUACCCGGCUGACCAAUCAGAAUGCAGCGCCAGAUGGAUGCCAGAUGGGCCCAGGUUCAGUAGAUCAGACAUAUUACCAGGGGCGGCACUGUGGAGAACACUGGGGAGAUGAUAGAAAGCCCAUAUUCAUACAACAGGGAUCAUUUGAUAUAAGCAGUCUGCCUGAGAGUAAAGGUCAGGCACCAAAAACAGGGGAGAUGCCCGCGUAUGUGAACACUCAGCUGAUUGACGCCCAGGUGCUCGCAGCACUCCAGGCAGAGGCGGAAAAUGUGACAAAGGGCAUGGCAGCUGCAGCCAAAGAGAGCCCACAGAAGGAUCUGUUUGACAUGAAGCCCUUCGAGGAUGCCAUUCAGUCGCAGUCCCAUCCGCUGUCCCAGGGUCAAGCCCAGUCCCAGGUUUCUGGUCUUCACAAGGCUGCAUCUGUAGACAACUCAAGCCCUCUUCUUGUGCGCUCACUGGCCUUCCGGGCACAGGAGGAGCUGGAGGGCCAGACGUGGUACCAUGGCAAAAUGAGCCGCCGUGACGCUGAAAAACUGCUGAAAGAAGACGGGGACUUCCUGGUUCGUAAGAGCACUACCAACCCAGGGUCCUACGUAUUGACGGGCAUGCACAAUGGACUUGCCAAACACUUACUGCUGGUGGACCCUGAGGGCACGGUACGGACAAAAGAUCAUAUAUUUGACAGCAUUAGCCAUCUUAUUGGCCAUCACCGUGACAACAAUCUGCCGAUUGUGUCAGCUGGGAGUGAACUGUGUCUCCUACAGCCCGUUGGAAGGAAACAGUAAUGUCGGCAAUGCCUGAUGGGAAAUUGUAAGCUCUGGACAGUCUCUCCUACCAUGCUGAAACUUGAAGUUGAAACAUGAAGAGAAGAUGCUUAAAGGCUCGAUGCGCUGACAGUAUUUUUGGGAAAUUGGCCCAUGGUUACUUUACUGGAGGCACUGGAAGAAGCAAGAUUUGUUUAAGAUAAAAAAUUAUUUAUAGAACUGUUAUUAUUUUGUUGUGAUGACUGAAAUGCUAUAUUUUUGAGAAGACAUGGGUGCAUUUGGACAUAAUAUCUUAAUUUGGUGUUUUAAAAGAUUUAAAAAAAAAGACAAUUGUUCUUGUAGUUUAGAUUAAGUGCAAAUCAAACCUCAAAGAGGUGUUAACAAGAGUAUUUUAGAAUAAAAACCUGAAAUUUUAGUUUUGUCUGUCAAGCACAACCACAUUUCUACAGGAACCGUUGGCUAAGAGGUUGAGGAAACAAAAACAGUUUGGACAACAAAUGCUGUUUAUAAUGAAUUACUUUGGGAAAAAUGUCCUUUAAUCUCACCAAUAGCGUGACAUCUCACUCAAUUAGUCACUAUAUGAAAUCUGCUUUUAUUGGGGAUUAGAACUGAAUGUGUUUUGCUUUGCAGUGGUCACAAAGUGUUGGGGUGCAAACAGACAUCCUUCAUAGUGCUGUCAAUGGCUUUAAAGAUAAACUUUUUUAUGAAGUAUUUUCUUGUGUCACUGCAGUCGCAUGACUUAAAAUCAACCGUUCUUGUGGACAUCUUCGUAGACCUUGAUACCCCUUUAUUUGAAAGAGGUUCUUGUGUAUGCUGACACUGUAAAAUAUUUAUGCUUUUCAACCAGUUAUUAUUUCUGAAUUGGUUUUCGCUGGAUUCUUCUUUUAGGUGUGUAGUCAAUGAUUAGUUUUGGGGCUUGAGUCAUGCAAUGGAUAUUCUCACAUUCUUAAUCAACAUUUUCGGCUUUUUUUUGUGCUUUUAAAAGUAAUUGUUUGAAUUUGAAUGAUCACAAAUGAAUAGCACAAUGAGAAAGUUAGAUCAGUUAGACCAUCUGUGUCAGUUGUACCAAGGCAUAUUACCAAUGUGUUGAGAUGUAAUUUACACUUUUUACUUAAGAGUCUGAAUUAGACGUUGAGUUCACACAGUGCGCACUCAAUACAGAAUGUUUAAUAUUAGAUCACCUUCACUUAUUGAUGUGUGUGGAUAUCUUAUGGCAAGACUACUGUGUCACCACUAAAUGUCAUCACAGAAAUGCUUGUUUACCCUGUUGUCACACUCACUUCAAUUCUCUUGUGUUAUUACUUAUUAGUAGCAAAGGAUGCUGGCUGUGUAUUGUACUACAGUACAGGGGAACUCAAUCAAGGCAAGUUUUCAAUCAUUAUUGCUUGACAGGUCAGAGUUAAUUUGCAUUUUGCAGUCCACUGUACACAAUCAUUCCUCAGAACUGCUGUAUUUAGGUUAUGCAGACUGUUUUUGUAGAGUGGGAAUCACAAUUUUGAAAUGGCUUAUAGAAAUAGUACACAGCAUUCCUCAGAACUGCUGUAUUUAGGUUAUGCAGACUGUUUUUGUAGAGUGGGAAUCACAAUUUUGAAAUGGCUUAUAGAAAUAGUACACAGCAGUUCUGGCAACAGACUUUUUAAAUGCUCUCAUCUUUACUAUUGUCAGUACUCUGAUGGAUACCAAAUGUGAAUGGGGCAUUGUAUUUGAUAUGCACUGGACCACUUCAAUUGAACCCAAAUCAGCAUGUGUUCAAUGAGUUUGACAAGACAGAUGCAAUGUAAUAUAACGUGCCUGUAUUUUGCUGCAAGAGGGAGUGUACAGUAGAUGUAUCUCACAACAACAUAUAUUUUAACAAAGAGCAGUAUUGGUUAUAAAAAUAUCCAGCACCAGAUCCAUUUUGGUUUAAGCCGAUUAGACUUUCCUUGAUUCCUUGUGUCCCUUUCAGCAGAGUUCAUGAGAGGAAGAGCCUAACAUAUUGGCAUUUUUUGAGAGAAAGGUGAGAAGAGAAGGGCACAAACAAUCAUUGAGGGUUUUUUUAAGGUUAUCAGCCAUUCACUUUUACUUUGUCCAAUUCUUUGUGACAUAAUUUCAUCAAAUCUAAUAUCUUGGGAGAAGGAAUAAUGCGCUAAAUUAAAAAAGAAAAAAAGCACUAUGCUAAUAUAAAGAAUUCUUUUGAGAUUAGUCUUUAUUUCUGAAGAGCAACUUUGUAGAAUCACCUUAGCAAAAUGUUUUGAAUAAAGCAUAUACAGUAUAGCAGGAACAACUCCAUACUUGAAUCUGUCUGAUAAAAUGAUGAUUAGCUAUGUGGCAUAAAGAAAUUAUACAACCAAACACGCUGGGACACAAAAAGAACAUGGCUUCUUUCCAGAUUUCUGUUGAUGAAAAUGUGCCUUUUAUUUGUACAAAUGGUAUUUGAUUUCUCUUUCUCUCUCUCUUCAAAGUGCAAUAGCUGAUCUUCAAUGGGGCAUGCCUGUUCACUAGAGGUUGUGUUUUGCCCUGCUGCGUGUUGCUGCUUGAGACUACUGUUUUCUCUCUCUAUCUGUCUCUUUCUCUCCCUCCCUUCCUCCCUCUCUAUUAUAUAUUAUAAAUGUAUCAUUUCCAGAUUCUAAAUAUAAAUCUUUGUCAGAGGGAAUCACACAGAAACUCAAUAUUUUGGAACAGGUAUAGUUAAAAAAAAGAAAAUAAAAACAAAGAAACAUGUCCAAAUGAUGUUUACAGAUUUAAUCUUUUGGUUGUAUGGGUUUAUCAUUAUUCUGUAUGACUGUUGGCAAUAAAACCGUGAAUGUGCAGAAUC